AUGGGCAAGCAACUAGUGGGAUCGGGAGGGCCCGUCAGGCGCGGCUGCAGAACAAACAUCGGCGCAGGAAGGUCCACGCUGCGCGUCCUGGCCUGCCUGCAGCCUGGUGGUCGCCCCUGGUCCUUCAAAGUCUCCGAGACGCCGUUGGAGGCUCCGCCGACGGUGUACGUGGUCACACCCACGUACCGGCGCCCCACACAGGCACCGGACCUGCUCCGGGUCUCGCAGAGUCUCAUGCUCUCCACCAACGUCUUCUGGGUCGUCGUCGAGGACGCCACCAGGCGCUCCGAGCUGGUGGCCUCGAUCGUCGCGGGGUCCGGCCUGCCGAGCGUGCACUUGCUGGGCCCCUGUCCCAAAGAGCACCGCAAGCCUUCUUCCGGACGAGGUGCCGCGGGCCGCCGCAGAGCGCUGCAAUGGCUGCGCCAGAACGCCUCGCUCCCGGGGGUGCUUUACUUCGCCGACGACGACAACACCUACGACUUCCGGCUCUUCGACGAGAUCCGGUGGGUCCGGAAGGUGGGCGUGCUCCCCGUAGGACUGGUGGGCCGGUUCGGCGUGAGCAGCCCCGUGGUGGUGGCCGGACGCGUGGUGGGCUUCCACGACUCGUUCGACUCGGGACGGACCUUCCCUGUCGACAUGGCGGGCUUCGCGGUCAACCUGCGGCUGGUGCUGGACGGCCAGCCGGACAUGCCCUACGUGCUCGGGAUGCAGGAAACUCGCUUCCUCGAGAGCCUCAACGUCACUACCGCCCAGCUGGAACCGCUGGCGCGGAACUGCACUCAGGCAGGUCCCGGUUCUGGUGUGGCACACGAAAUCGGUGCCUUCAAUCUUCCCCAAACCCGGGCAUGUUAAAGAUAAAUUUCAUCGACGGAACACAAACUUGCAGCGGUUACUAAAA